UGAAAGCUAACUUGACUGUUAGCAGCUAACCUGGUUGGGACGCAGAAGUUUCAACACUUAUAAAUCAGUCAGAGAGAAAAAGCACAGUUGGUUUUACAGUCAGGUUAAGCCACAUCACUGCAAACAUGACCAAGCACGAGUUUGAGGUGGCGAUGACGUGUGAGGGUUGCUCCGGAGCUGUGACCAGAGUCCUCAACAAGCUGGGAGAUGUGAAGUUUGAGAUCGACCUGCCUAAGAAACUGGUUUGGAUCGAGUCAGACAAAGACUUGGAUGUCCUCAUGGAGACGCUGAAGAAAUGCGGCAAGGAGGUCAAGUACAACGGCACCAAGUGAAGGAGUCUGCUCGUGUAGAACAGGUGACAUGAUAGUGACAAAAUAAUUGCUGCUGACGCAAACUGAAGAUUUAUACUGGAUUCAAAGUUCUUUACCCAUCAGGGAGAGUCUGACGGACCCUGAGUGACCCCCUCCACCCCUCCACCCCCCCACCAUCCUGUCACAUGUCUACUUAAAUGCUCAAGCGCACAACAAACCCCCUCCCCUUCUCCCCUUCUCCCCUUCUCCCCUUCUCCUUGGAUGCAGAUCUUCUAUCAGUGUUGGGAUUCAUGAAGCCAGGAAACGCAGAGAGUGAAGAAUAACAACACACCCAAAGAUUAUCAUGUUGGCACUUCCUUGUCUUAAUUAUGUGCAACACUGUUUGUGACAUCCUCUAAUUUGUUUGUUUUUGCUCCAUGUGAAACAGCCAGAGGUGAUUAAGUUAGAACUGUGUUGUCAUCACUGUCUAAUUAUCCUCCAGCAUGCCUCCAUUUAGCAGGAGGACUUGUUGAAUAGCAGGAGGUUGUUUUUUUUUCUUUUAUUAUGAAAGUCACACAGUCUUGUUGCAUCUUGUCAUUUUAUCUCCAGAAGUUUGAUUUUGAUUUUUUGCACUUGUGUGUUUAUUCAUCUCAUCAUUAACAGAGGAAGGGGGGGCGGUGGUGAGGCAGGGCUUUACAUUUAAAUGCCAGCUGCAAAAUCAAAAAAGAGCAUCAGAGUUUUUUCACUAUAAAACUGCAAAGAAUGGCACACAAGCUGUUUUAAAAGUACAUUCCCUGAAUCCUAAAACAUGCAUCAGUAUUAUUACAUUAUAUUUGGAUUUGACAUCAUUAAAAUUCAUCCCUACAGGCUCCAUGUAUUUAUGUAUUUAUGUAGAUCUGCACCGAGGGGGGGGGUACUUUCUGCUGGACUUCUUUCCCUUUUUUCACCCAUUACAGUUUACACUACGAUAAUCAACUAACCUCACCAAAUCAGAUAAAUCACAUUGAUAGAGAUGAACUAACAGUUUUAUUUUUAGUAAAGCCCUUGUUGUAAUUCACUUUGGCUUUUUUUUUUUUUUUUUUUGUACUUUGGGGAAAAGACAGACACUUUCUCCUUUCUGUCAUGAAAUGCUGUGUAUGAGCAGGGGAAAUAAAAAUCAGUUCUGUCUCUAUGUUGUAGUUCAUUGUUUGUUUUAUUGUU